GGCGCCCAUCGUCAGUUUGAUAUUUUGUUCGUGUGAGCCGGCGCGGCCGAGCUUGGGUUUUAAUUUUUGUUGUAUUCUUUGAAUUUGUGGUUGUCGUCAAUACGAAAUAUUUUGAGUCUGUGCGUAUUCCCCUAAUUGGUGCAAUAAACAAGAUGAAUAUUGAAAAUGAAAUUGUGGAAUACAACCGCUUCGGCAAGGAGCCGGAGAUUAAGAAUGUCGCUACCAGCAGCAGACCUUCGCUACCAGCAGCAGAUUUGGCUGAAAACUUGCGGCGACUUUCAGGUGAUAAAGACAAUUCCAUUGAACAGGUUGCAAUACUCCGUGAUCAAGAGGUAAACGAGGACGAUGAAGAGAUUGAUGAAGGCGGAGACGAGCGAGACGAAGAAGAGCACGAUGAAGCUACGAAUGAAGAAGAUGGCUACGAGAAUAACGACGAAACCGACGAGCAAGGAGACGAUGAGAAUGACGAUGGCGAAAAUGAGGAAGAAGAGGAGGACCAUUAUAAAGAAGAAGAGGAGGAAAUCGCUGAACUUCCACGGCACUAUAUUGACGGGCAGCGACUCAACCCCUAUUCGUUCAGCUUCAGAGUGAACAUGUUCGCAUCCCAACAGCCACUGGCCGGCAUGGACUCGCCGAGAUGUGUGAUUCAGAGACAUUAUCCAACAUUUUACACCUCAUUUGCUGAUUGGUAUUACAACAGGGGCCUCUUGGGUGAGGAGGGGAAUGUUUUGAUGGAAAAUGCAGUUCGAAAUUGUUAUCCAAAUACCCCUGGCGAGAAUGAACUCACCGAUCCAGGGUUUGUACUCUGGGACAGAAUGCGACGAGCAGGAUAUCUGAAUGUGCCGAGCAGACCGCAACCCAGCGAUCCAUUGGAUCAGUUGAGGUCCAGGGCGCCGCUUCCACAAUAUUUAUCAGCAGCCAGCUAUCCAUCCGCCGGAGCUACCUAUAACCCUGUCGGAGGAAGUGGCGCAAAUACGAUGUUAAAUCCCUUCCACGGAAUGAUGUCUUCAUGGUUUCGACUCACCUAUCCGAUUGCAAGUUGCAACGGAGAGCGCCACCCAGCUGUCCUGCAUCCAAACACCGCUGCAUAUCCAACAGCAAAUCAUUAUGGAGACAAUGUGUCCAAUGCUCGUGGAGGGUAUCCGGCAUCUGGGCCGUUAUCCAUUUCGGUUUCUGGACCCGUUUUGCCUCAAUCAGAGCCAUCACCAGGUGUACCUUGGCGGAUCUAUGAUAGCUUGCCGGUUUCCAGUCAACCUGAACCUUGUCGCGUAUGUGAAGUACCCAUAGAGAGGCAUAGCACUCCAAGUCCUGGCAGCCCUAAUGAAAGUCAUGGAAGCACAGAUCUUUGCCCGCGUUGUGAAUAUCGACUCGCUGCUGAGGCUGCGGCUGAGGCUGCGGCGGAGACUGAGGCGGAGGCUGCCGAUGGCAGAGACUUUGCCACCUUGUCUCCCUCGGGCCACAUUGUACCUCGAUCCUGGUUAAUGCAAGUGUUUGCGAUCUGGCAACAUAAUGAGCAUAAUGUGCAUAGGCGGAUGCAGGAAAACACAACGGAGCUACCCCACGAGAUGGAUUCACUAUUACCAAGAGCACCCAGAGAGCUGGAAAAUGGUCAGCCACACUUGCGUGGUCCCUACACGCCAUUGCUGGCCCAUCGCCUGGCCAAUGCCGUGGAAUAUGGCCUCUUCACUGCCGCCGACGAUCGACCGAACUCCUUGAUGAUGAGCGAUGUGCUGGAUCAGAUAAUAAGACUGCGUCCCAAUUUUAUGGACCCCAACACUGCCAACGAAGAGAAUCAAAUCACUCAUUCGCGCGUGUCCCCAUUAGACCAGCGUGAAUUGAACAUCAGAGAAGAGCAGAAGAUAUUCUGGGACGCGACCCAGCGUCGCCGCACUAACAAGUAAUCCAAAGGUUAAAACUAGACAUUACAAAUGUACAAAACAGUUUCUAAAACUACUUAGAUUUACAGAAAGGUUUCCU